AUUCAUUCCAGAAAUAAAAUAGCUUCCCCUUCCACCUGUCCACUUCCUCCUUGGCAGUACAAGGUUUCUGCUUUCAGGUUCUACAGUGCUUCAGACAGUAGGUGCUGAAUCAGGAUGGGAAAAAGACGCUGUGUUCCUCCACUUGAGCCCAAGUUGGCAGCAGGCUGUUGUGGGGUAAAGAAACCCAAAUUGUCUGGAAGUGGAACACAUAGUCACGGGAAUCAAGCCACAACUGUGCCAGUCUCUAGUUCAGGUCCUCUUCAGAACCACCAGCAUGGAGAUGGGGGCAGUGGAAGGGAGAAUGUAUCGGAUUUGACUUUAUGCCCUGGAAAUUCUCCAAUUACUCGAAUGAAUCCCACUUCAGGAGCAUUGAGCCCACUUGCCCGGCCUAAUGGAACUGCCAACAGCACCAAAAAUCUAGUCGUGACAGCGGAGAUGUGCUGCUAUUGCUUUGAUGUACUCUACUGUCAUCUUUAUGGUUUCCCUCAGCCACGACUUCCUCGAUUUACCAAUGAUCCCUACCCACUCUUUGUGACAUGGAAGACAGGCCGAGACAAACGACUUCGGGGCUGCAUUGGAACUUUCUCUGCCAUGAAUCUUCACUCAGGACUCAGGGAAUACACAUUAACCAGUGCACUUAAGGACAGCAGAUUUCCACCCCUGACUCGUGAGGAGCUGCCUAAACUUUUCUGCUCUGUCUCCCUCCUCACUAAUUUCGAGGAUGCCACUAACUACUUGGACUGGGAGGUUGGAAUCCAUGGGAUCAGAAUUGAGUUCAUCAAUGAGAAAGGUGUCAAGCGCACAGCUACAUACUUACCUGAAGUUGCUAAGGAACAAGAUUGGGAUCAGAUUCAAACAAUAGACUCCUUGCUCAGGAAAGGUGGUUUUAAGGCUCCAAUUACCAAUGACUUUAGGAAAACUAUUAAACUCACCAGAUACCGCAGUGAGAAGGUGACAAUCAGUUAUGCAGAAUACAUGGCUUCACGACAGCAUUGUUUUCAAAAUGGCACUCUUCAUGCCCCACCCCUCUACAAUCAUUACUCCUGACACAAAGCUGCAUGACCAGUCCCGCCCCCCAGCUGCCAGCUACGACAUCAUUGGAACAGAUGCCUCCUCUUCCUGGUCCAGUUACUUCUAUUACUGCACCAUUUUAUGAUGCUAGCUUCCGUUGCCAAGUCUGCCUUCCAAUUGAUUAUGGGUGGUGGGGGCUACAAAGUGAGUGCAACUGAAUUUCAGAGGCCCAAGCUUACUUCAUUUUUCAGAAUGAGGGUUCAUUUGGACUGAGUACCUGGGACCAUUGCUGUUGGAUAGAGAGAAACUUGAGGAAUGGCAGUACCACUGCUCUGUCUCUGUAUUAAAUUGCACUGUGUUCAUUUGAAUUGUUAAUUACAAUGCCCCCUGAUCAAGUAGGAGAUUUCUUCUGGCAGUCUGGCAACGGAGUCCAAAAAAAGAUUUUUAGGUUAUUUGUAUUUUCUUUUUUUUUAAUCUCUAAUAUUUAUCUGCCAUAAGCUAAGUAGUCCUAACAUGUCCCAAGCAAACAUGUUAUGACUUGUUAUAAGGAUGGUAUGUCUGGAAGUUAUCCUCCUUGCAAAAGAUGGCAAUUAAUCAAAGAUUUAAAAAGUAAAAUAAAAUUUACUGCAGAUAAAAUGCAUUGCCUAUUCAUAUCCAGAAGGUUUCAAUUUAUACACCUAGCUACUUUUGUUUAUUUUAUUUGACACAAAAAGAAAGUAACUUACUAGAUAAGGUACUGCAUACAAAAAGGCAAACCACUAAGAGUUGUGUAUGGAAGUAGCAUAGGUUUCCUUGUAUCCCAAAAGGAUAAUCUUUGGGGUUUUUGGGGUGUCUUACUUAAAGUUCAGGUAGUAGGAUUUGCAAAUGAAUUGCAGCAGAUCUUUUCCCACAAAACUAUUCUUAUUGUAAUAAAAAGAGUGGAUUUUUGUCAUUGAAAAUAUUCCAUGAGGCCUGUGUUUUUCACAGGCAGCAGGGUUUUUUGCUAGUGUGGCACUAAUAGGCAAUUAAACACAUUAAAUGUUAGCUGAAAUUGGUUAUCAGAUCUGCAUGUGUUCUUGCUGCACUGAUGAUUUAGCCCUAAAUAAUAUACAGUAAUUGGAAAUAAAUUAAUUUAAAUUAAUUGCGUCCAGUUAACUGUACUUACAAUUGGAAUCUAAACAAUGUUAUUUACCCACCAAGAAAAUUUAACUGGGAUCCAGGUUUUAAUAUCCUGUAGAUUUUCAACUUUUCUAUUGUUAAUUGAAUAUGCAGGACACUGAACAGUAAACAGAAUUUUUUCCAAAAUAUUCACUAUCUCAAUUUUCCUGUGUGAGUCAUUAAGUGUUAUCAUAUGAACUACAAUAUCCCCAAAGUUAAUUCAUAAAAUGUAGCAUUAAUCUUCUAAAUGAAAUGAAAUGCAGGAUUUCUGAAAAAAGUGAUAAUCAUCUUGAAAAACAGGAACAAUCAGAUGAAGAACUCAGCAUUAUGGCAAUAUGAUACCAUAUUUCACUAUAUGGAACAACAGUUGCUUUUGU